AUGGAGACGGGGAUACGAGCGAAGGUUACAGAGAUCCUCCAUGAUCGACCACUGUCAAACAACCCCGACAGCCACAAUAUCAGCCCCCCGCCACCAACCCAUGAAGUCCAACUAAUCAAUGAUUUGAUAUGCGAAUACUUGGAAUGGAAUGGAUACCUGUACACCGCCACAGUUCUGUCGUCGGAGGCCGCGCUGCCAAAGGAGAAACGCACAAGGGCAGACCUAUGCGCAGAAGUGGGAGUGAAAGACGACGAAAAGUCAUCCGCAUUACCCCUUUUGUCUAAUAUCGUAGCAGCAUAUACGGAUCGCAUAAAGCGUAAAAUUAGUAAGAUCAAAAAGGACUGCUCU